CGGAUAUGUUUUGAUUUUUGGCGCCUAGUACAUGGAAGGUGACGAUGGAGUUCGUAAGUGCGUUGGAAUUGCUGAAAAUAAAAAGUAUUUCAGAAGUGUGGGUGACGGCUGUGUGGGAUGUCGAGUUCAUGGAUGCUGAGCCAUUGGAUCCUGGCAUAGAGGAGGAGAUCCUGAGCCUUGGACCCCAGGCCUUCUCAACCUUGCACACACACCUGCUAUGCUUUGCGACAGACAGUGAUAGCAGAGCUGAAAGCUUGUGGGCUGUUCUGGGGGAGAAUGGGGUCUCAACCAGUGCCCUGGUGGCUGUUCUGUCCCACUUCAUCAUAGCGAUCAGAUCCAAAACAAACACCCUGAACCAGCGGCUUUGCGCCUUGCAGGCAGCCUCUCUCUAUCUGCUCCUCCUGGGAGUACCAGGUAGUGUAGCCAACAAAGUUUUCCAUCCAGUUGUAUUCGACACCUGUUUGGGUUUAUUGAAGAAGUGCUGGCCCCAGGAUGCAGGCAAGAAGCGCAAGCAAGAUUCAUUUAAAAGUUCUCAGGCAGACUCUAAAGCCAGGAAACGGUCCAAGCCCCCUAGGAAGGAUGAUGAAGAGUUGGAGAUGGAUGAAUUUGAAGAAGAGGAUCAAGGAGAAGAGAUAUUUCUCUCUGGCCAGGAGCUGUUAGCACUCAAAAAGGCAAUGGUUUCCCUGGUCAAGACCCUCCUGACGUUCUUAACAAAGUUCUCCUUGAAAGGCAAACCCCAGUGUGUUCAAAACUGUGCCCAGGUUUUUACAGAGCUCACUGCCAUUGAACCAGUUCCUGGACACCUCUCAUUUGCAUCAGAAACGAACAUUAAUGACACUGAGAGCUUGCCAGAGUUGGCUUACCAUGGUCUGAGACUGCUUUGCUCUCCAAAGCACGGAGAGGGAAAUGAGACUGUUCAGCAGGUAUUCCACAGGCUCCUGUACGUCAUUCUCAUGAUGAACGGGGAAAAUUCCUCUAGGCCCACACCUCUGGUUCCAACGCAGGCUGUUCUUGCUGCCAAAGGGCGGGCUGUCCGGUUUGUGAGUCACAUUGUUGAUGAGUUGAAGGAAGCAGUGUUACCAACACUUCGCAUUCUGCUUCAGCAUAUCUGUGCACAGACUGUGGACAAGGCAGAAUACCGCAGCAGUGGAGCCCAGGCUGUGUUGCAGCUUUUGGCUAAGAUGCCCUGUGCUGAGUAUGCUUCCUUCAUCAAGUGGCUCUAUGGUUUCUCUUUGCACUCCAAGGUGGCGUACCGGAUGUUUGCGCUGGACGUGGUCAUGGCCCUCAUUGAGCAACCUGAGCGCCAGCCUGAAGUCUCCCUCCCUGCAGAGCUGGUGCCAUAUCUACAGCACAGGUUCCUCAUCCAGGUGAUGGUGUUCGGGCGACGCUCAGAUCGGGCCCCCACAGUACGCGCUCAUGCUCUAGCCUGUCUGGCUCAGUGCCUCGAGCUGCAGUCCCCCAGUACUGCCGAGAGCAUCCAGGAGCUCUUUUCUACUAUUUCUCCACAGACAGUACUGGAGGCAGAAGGUUGUGAGUUUACCAAUAAUAUCCAAGACACAAAUAUACAGCGAACUGGUAUGAACUUUAAGACCAUUGAAAUGACGGGCAAAACGGACAUAACCACAUUUGACUCUAAAGAGACUAUAUCCUUGCUGAAGAGACGUUCGAGUGAUGAGAAGUCUAAUGUAAGGAAGUCAGCUUUGCAGGCAGUGAUGAGUCUUCUGAAACACAACGUGAUCCCCUGCAGCCAGGAGAACCUGUUUAUCCUGUCAGACCGCUGUCGGGACCCUGCUGUCUCUGUGAAGAAAAAGGCCCUCCAGUGUCUCAUGGACCUCCUCUUAGCUCUUCCUGGAUCCAGCCUAGUUCAGAAGGCCUGGCUAAGAGGCGUGGUCCCUGCAGUUAUCGACUCGGAGAGCUCUGUCCAAGAGAAGGCUGCGGAGUGUUUGGAGCAAGCCAUCCUUAGUCAGAUCAAGAGCUACAACAGCUACAGAGAACAAGACAUCUCUCAGAAGUUAGCCUGGGAUCUUCUGUUAUUGCUUUGUGGAGAGAACCAGGACUUGGGCCGCUACUUCAGCAAGGCCUUUGCCAUUUGGUCCAAGCAGAAUAAGUUCUCAUCCACCUUUGUCAAUAAUCUGAUCUCCCACACUGAGGCAGAGCAUGCCCCUGCAGCAUGGCUGUUGCUUUCCAAGGUGGCAGGCUCCUGCCCCCGACUUAACUACAGCAAGAUCCUGGAUGCUUGGGAUGAGAUGAUCAGGAAAACCAAUGUGACAGUUUCCACAUCUUGUCAUAUUCUUUGUGUGAUUGGGGAAAUCGCUCGACAUCUGAAUGAAGAAACUAAGAGCAGGAUUGUUGGUGACAUCAUGAAGUGGCUCAAGAGUUUUGAGUUGCCUCUGGAGGUAAUUGGUGCCUGUGUGGAGACUUUGGUGCAGUUGGUGUGGGCCAAAGCUGUCGUAGACACCCAGAGGUCACUGAACAAGUACUGUGGAGAACUUGUCUCCAUCUCUGAAUCCUUCUUGUCCAGUGUCAUCUUGAGUGAGGAUGGGCAGCAGAAUUUUAAUGAGGACUUGGUGGUGAAACACUUGUAUACGCUGGGAGUGGCUGCCUUGCAGUGCCCAGCCAUGGUGGGGAAGCGCAUUUUCCUCCUUGUUCAGUCCAUUCUGGCUUCUAAUGUGGAGCUGCCAUCAGCUGACGUGAAUAAGGAGCUGCCAGCCACCCAGCCCGUGCCUCAGUUCAAACCCUCAUCCAUGCCAACUGUGAUCCGAGCCCAUGCUUUCGUCACCCUGGGCAAACUUUGCCUGCAGAAUGAGGACUUGGCCAAGCGCUGCAUCCCUGCCUUGGCCCGUGAGUUGGAGGUGAGCACUGAGGUGCCCGUGCGCAGUAAUGUGGUGAUGGUGAUGUGCGAUCUGUGCGUGCGCUACACCACCAUGGUGGACCGCUACAUCCCCAACAUCUCCGCCUGCCUGAAGGACGAGGAGCCCAUCAUCCGGCAACAGACCCUCAUCCUACUCACCAACCUGCUGCAGGAGGAGUUUGUCAAGUGGAAGGGAUCCCUGUUCUUCCGUUUUGUUGUGGUACUUGUGGACCCGGAGCCAAGCAUCGCUAGUCUCUGUGAAUUCUGCUUAAUACACCUGCUCCUGAAAAGGAACCCAGUUAUGUUUUCUCAACACUUCAUUGAGUGCAUCUUCCACUUCAACUGUUAUGAGAAGCAUGACAAGUAUAAUAAGUUUCUACAGACAGCCAGUGAGAAGGCUAGGUUUUCCCUGCAAGGUGCUAAAAACAAAGAAAAGAGAAUGAAGCUCUACAAGUUCUUGCUGGAGCACUUCACAGAUGAGCAGCGCUUCAAUAUUACCAACAAAAUAAGCCAAAACAUCCUUGCGAGCUUCGUAGACGGGGUGUUGCCUCUGGACACUGCGGGAGCAGAGCUGCUGUCAGACACGUUCGACGUGCUCAGCUUGAAGGAGAUCAAGCUGUCAGCCAUGUGCAACCCGGUUGACCGGGACGAGCAAAUGGAGGACGAGCCCAUGGCCAUGGCCAUGGCCAACGCAGUCAUGCAGGUGGCCCAGAAGAAGCUGAUCUCACAGGUUCAAAAGAGGAACUUCAUUGAGAAUGUGAUUCCUAUCAUCAUCUCCCUGAAGGCCAUGCUUGAGAAGAAUCGUUUCCCUGUGCUGAGGGACCUAAUGACCUACCUGAAGGUGAUGAUGCAGGAUUACCGCUCCGAGGUGAAGGAGUUCUUUGCAGCAGAUGAGCAGCUGGCUGCAGAGCUGGAGUAUGACAUGAAAAGGUUCCAGAAGGAGCAGGAAAUGGUGCAGCAGCUGGCCAACAGCACCAUCACAGAGGCCGUCCCAGUAGCUGCGGCAGGACACGCAGUCACCACUGAAUCUGCUUCGGCUUCUACCUGUGCGUCCCCUGCUGCCAGAGCAGGACCGAGAUCUCAGUCUGUGUUUGCCACACCUCAACCACCAUGUUUGACCCCCCAGAUCUUCCUCUCUCCAAAGACAGUUGGAGUACAAAACAGGCGCCAAACUUUAAGUACCACUGAGGUCCUCACCAAGGCCAGGAGGUCUGUGGACAGACAUGGGCUGCACAGGUGUCACUUGGGAUUGGCUGGAGAUGAAAACAAAACCCCCCUUAAUGAGUCAGCAAUCUUGAAGCAACAACUUCACCUGAGCUCUUACACAGAGGGUUCAGCAGUUGGCAACAGAGCCAUCAGCACCCCGCAACGAAGCAUGAGCGAGGUGACAUUUGGCGAGGGCGUCAGUGCCAUUUUCAGUGCCCACAGAACAGAGCCAAAGGAUUUUGGGAACACAGACAAUGUCCUUUUCUUGAUGUCUCCAGAUAAACCAACAAUCCCACCCAGGCAGUGGAAUGUGGAGUCUCCUCUCCUUCGCAAGGGAAGAAAGCAGCGCCUGUAGCCUGGCAAGUGCCCCCACAUACAUCCAGCACCUAAGAAAACGCGGCAUUACAUCUUUGGGAGAAAGAG